CGUGGACGGACGUGUUUUUGCGUCGCGCUCACAUCGCACCGGGCGAUGUUGUACAGGGCGUUUCGCGUGUGCUUUUGUUUUCAUGGACUGCGUGUUUAGUGCUCUGUGCGGACUUAUGCGGUGAUACGGCUGCAGUCGGCGCCAUGGGCAACUCCUGCAGCUCAGGGCAGGCCCACAAAGACAAAGAUAGCAUUUCGCAGCAUUCGGAAGAACCCAACUGUUGCGCGCGCAGGUCGCCGUCGUACCGCGUCACCAAGGCGUCGGACGCCAGCGCCGCGCCGCCGCCGCAGGAGCUGCUGGAGGCGCCUGCCUUCAAGGACAAGAAGCCGCAGCUGAAGGGGCCGCGCCCGCCCGUGGGCUCCAGUGUCUCAGACUCUAUCUCACUGUCGUCGCCGGUGGCUUGCGCCUCCCCGCGCGAAGAUGUCGAGGGUCCGCCCGUGCCGGCUAACGUGGCCGAGCUGCCCGAGGAGCACCGCUCCUACCUGCUGGGCAGGAUCACCGGCCAGCGGACCAGGCGACGGCGCACGAUGGUCAUUUACGUCUGUGCUGCGGAUUCACAAGAUUGCUGCGCGGAGAAGGGCGCGCUGCACUGCGGCGUGGCGGCGCGGCUGCGUGCUCGCGCGCGCGCAAGCGUGGCUGGCGGGUGCACGUGGCCGACCUGCACUGGCGCUCGCCGCUGGAGCAGCAACGCGACCAUCGCUUCCCAGUGCUGUGCGUCGCUGAACUAGCUCGUCAGUCGGAGCUGGGUGCCGUGGUCCCGGUGCUGUUCCUCAACUCCAACCUGGGCACGCCGCUGCUGCCUCACACCCUGGAAUGUGCCGACUUCAAAGCUGCCCUGGAGGCAGCUGAAGACGAGAAUGACAAAAGCUU